UAGUAGAGUGGCUUCCUAGCGCAUGUUUUUAGUUUUUAUCCAGCUUCAAAACGACAUCGUGCUCUGCGGUCCUUUGACCCUUAGCUAACGUGUUCAUGUAUGACUGGUCUAUAGAUUUGCGAUAUAUCGCCAAAAGAAAAGAAACAUAAUAAACCAAAAUGAAACAUAAAUAAAGAAUCUGAAACGAGAAAUGAAAGAACGACACAGAACAGGAUAGAUAGCAGAGAAAUCAAAACCCUAACCUAUCCUAACCUAACAGCUUCAAAAUAUCGCGAUAAAUAAGAAAAAAGAAACAAAAGAAAAGAAACUCCAAAAUUUACAAUCUCCGAUUAUCUCUCCGUCGAGAAGACCCAAAGCCUCUCUCUCUGUCAAAGUGCAGGGCCAGAAAACAUUACAUAAUCAUGGUUCGAGAGAAAGAUGUUUGUUGGGAGUAUGCUGAGAAAUUAGAUGGAAACAAGGUGAAGUGCAAAUUUUGCCUGAGAGUUUUGAAUGGUGGCAUUAGUAGACUGAAGCAUCAUCUAUCUCGACUACCAAGUAAAGGUGUAAAUCCUUGUAGCAAGGUGAGAGAUGAUGUCACUGACAGGGUGAGGGCCAUAAUAGCAUCCAAGGAGGACAUAAAAGAACCUUCUAGUGCUAAAAAGCAGAGGCCUGCAGAAGCCAAAUCUCCUGCACAUAUAUAUGCAACUAAAGCUCUUGUGAAUGUGGAGUCAGUAGCUCCAGCUGCUAAAGUUUAUCCUACUGUCACAUCAAUUUCCCCCCCUUCUUUAAGUAACCAAGAAAAUGCUGAAAGAAGCAUUGCGCUGUUCUUUUUUGAGAAUAAGCUGGACUUUAGUGUUGCACGUUCUCCAUCCUAUCAGCUAAUGAUUGAGGCAAUAGAAAAAUGCGGUCCAGGAUUUACAGGUCCUUCAGCAGAAAUCUUGAAGACCACCUGGUUAGAAAGGAUAAAAUCUGAAGUGAGCUUGCAAUUAAAAGAUACUGAGAAAGAGUGGACUACCACAGGUUGUACUAUCAUUGCUGACACAUGGACUGACAACAAAUCUAGAGCUUUAAUUAACUUUUUUGUUUCCUCACCCUCCAGGACUUUCUUCCACAAGUCUGUAGAUGCAUCAUCAUACUUUAAGAAUACCAAGUGCCUCGCUGAUCUAUUUGAUUCUGUUAUUCAAGACUUUGGUGCUGAAAAUGUUGUGCAGAUAAUUAUGGACAGUAGUUUCAACUAUACUGGUGUAGCUAACCAUAUUCUGCAAAACUAUGGAACCAUUUUUGUGUCUCCUUGUGCUUCUCAAUGUCUGAAUUUAAUAUUGGAAGAUUUCUCCAAGGUAGAUUGGGUGAAUAGAUGUAUCUCACAAGCACAAACACUGUCAAAGUUUAUAUACAAUAAUUCCUCAAUGCUUGAUCUGAUGAAGAAAUUUACUGGAGGGCAGGAACUAAUCAAGACUGGUAUUACAAAGUCUGUAUCCAGUUUCCUCUCACUGCAAUCAAUGUUGAAGCAAAGACCAAGACUGAAGCUAAUGUUUAGCAGCAACGAGUAUUCUGCAAACUCAUCAUAUUCAAGUAAACCACAAAGCAUAGCUUGCAUUACCAUUGUUGAGGAUGGAGAUUUCUGGAGGGCAGUGGAAGAAUGUGUAGCCAUCACUGAGCCUUUUCUAAAAGUACUGAGGGAAGUAUCUGGAGGUAAACCUGCCGUCGGGUCUAUAUAUGAGUUAAUGACCAGGGCCAAAGAAUCAAUAAGGACUUACUACAUAAUGGAUGAGAGUAAAUGCAAGACUUUUUUAGAUAUAGUAGACAGGAAGUGGCGAGAUCAACUCCAUUCACCUCUUCAUUCAGCCGCUGCUUUUUUAAACCCAUGUGUUCAGUAUAAUCCUGAAAUUAAAUUCCUUGUAAAUAUUAAAGAGGAUUUUUUCAAAGUUAUCGAGAAAUUACUUCCUACUCCUGAUAUGAGACGUGACAUCACCAAUCAAAUAUUCAUUUUUACAAGGGCAAGUGGGAUGUUUGGUUGCAAUUUAGCAAUGGAAGCACGAGACACAGUUGCACCUGGGCUUUGGUGGGAACAAUAUGGCGACUCUGCGCCAGUGUUGCAACGAGUUGCCAUCAGAAUUCUGAGUCAAGUUUGCAGCACUUUUACUUUCGAAAGACACUGGAACACAUUCCGUCAAAUUCACUCUGAAAAGCGCAAUAAGAUUGAUAAGGAAACCUUGAAUGACCUUGUGUACAUAAAUUACAAUCUCAAGUUGAUGAGGCAGAUGAGAACAAAAUCUUCAGAAACUGAUCCUAUCCAAUUUGAUGAUAUCGAUAUGACCUCAGAAUGGGUAGAGGAGACUGAUAACCCAAGCCCAACCCAGUGGCUGGAUCGAUUUGGUUCUGCUCUGGAUGGGAGUGAUUUGAAUACACGGCAGUUCAAUGCUGCCAUAUUUGGGGCAAGCGACCCCUUAUUUGGUUUAUGAUCUUGUGAAGUCCAUGCCCAAGUGUCUGCGCUAGUUUUCGCAGAAAGCCUAGUAAGUUUUCUUAGAACGUCAGCUUUCUGCCUUGUAAGUUUCUGUAGAAUGUAAGUUUUUUUAUUUUAGUAGCCUACCUCUCUCGCUUAAUUUGUAAUAGAUGAAUAAAUUGUUCCUGAUUUUUAUAGCAUACUAAUUAAACGUAGAAGCAGCUUGAACA